UCUAGCGAGACGCUUGCCUGACGCACUUCCGAAGCACGGGACCGGAGGAAGUCGCCGGGGCUGCCGGGAAGCCUGGUGCUGGGAAAAUGGUGGUUACCCGGUCUGGGCGGUCUCGGACCAGCCUCCAAGUCGCGCCAGAAAGCUCCCAGCAGAAGAGUUCUGCUCCUAAAGGGGUUCAAAGACGUCCAGAAAGCAGAAAGGAAUCAAGAUACAAUGACAGAAGCACUGCUGAGUCACAGCCUACUGGGAAGCAAAGUUCAGCCCUCUCCAGAAAGAGGAAGAGCGAAGCUACAGACUCACUAGUAGACCUAAAGGAAUCACUUGCUGAUGGGGAGACCUCUGACUUAGAGUCCAGUUGUUCUUCUGUGCUUGAGGUCCAGGAGCCCAUUCUAAGAAUAACUAGGAGCAGGCAGAUCCUAAUUACACCCACCCCACAGUCCAGUGUUAGGAAAAGUAAAAAAAUAACCCCAGUAAAUGAAUCUCUUGAUGAAGCUGUCUCUGAAGCAGAAUCUUAUGCUUCAGGGAUUUCUAGAAUUGCACUUUCCACAGAAAUAACAAGAAGCAGAAGAAAUAAGGCUAAAUCUCAAAGGGAUGAAAGCCAGGAAACACAUGCAGAAGCUGUCUCUGAUGCUGAGUCAUGCUCAGACAUUUUAUCCUAUGGAAUUGCACCUAGGAGAACUGCCAGGAAUGUGCGAAGGAAAUUAGAGGCUGAAGUGAAGAAGAAAUAUGCUAAGAUUAUACCAGGAGAUAAAAAGCAAACUGAGGAUGCAUCUAUGAAUUCAGAGGACUCUGAUCCUAGACAAACCUCUCAGUUACCAGCAAGAUCACCUUCUCAGAUAAAUAAGCCAGAUUUCUGUAAUAAUGAAACUUAUAUUGACUUUGGAUCCCUCCACAGUAAUUCAGGAAAAAUAUUUAAGGUGCAAAACCACCAACAUUUGCAUAUGCAAGAGGACAAGCAGGCCAGUGUUGCAUCUCAUACAGAAAUCAGAAAGAACCGUAAGAGUUUGGAUAAAGAGGACAUUAAAAUAAUAGAGGAAAAAGAAAUUAAUGAAAACGAUUCCCAAUUGAGUCUUUCUGAACUUCAGGACACUUGCCUUCAGCAGUCAGUCUCUCAGACUCAUUCCACCCCCCCAAAUAACAAAGCUAUACCACGGGCCUCAAGUCCAAAUUGUGAGGCUAUAAUGAAAUCAUUAGCUUUAACAUUUGCAGUUGUGAAAAUGGACAGAUGGAAUGGAGAGAAAAAGAGCACCAUAAAAAUGAGUGACUUAACACCAUUCGGUGAUCACGGUAAUGAUGAGUCCACAAGUGUAGAUGUCAGUGAAGACAGGAACAGCCAGGACAGCAUUCUUGAAUGUGAUACUGAAUUACCCAAGUCUGAACUCAGCAUGUCUCAGAAUUUAGAUAGCUCUGUUUUAUUAGUUCUUAGCAGUGAUGAAAGCCAACAGUCUGAAAACAGCGAGUGUGAAGAAGACACCAUUCGUUUUGUUGAAAGUAGUGACCAAAAGGAGUCAUUAAAUGGAGACUCAGGAAAUACAUCAUGUGAUACAUUGUUUGUGAUUGACAGAACUCCUGGAUUGAGUGCUGAUAAAAGUUUUUACUUGGAAGACAAGGCAAGUAAAGUUGCUGCUGAGGAAGAAAAAGAAAGUUUUUACUUGGAAGACGAGGCAAGUAAAGUUGCUGCUGAGGAAGAAAAAGAGGAGGAGGAGGAUGAAAACAGUGAAGAAGAAUCAUCAGACAGUGACAAAAAUAAAGAUGAGUCUAGUGAUGAGGAGGACUUACUAAACAACACAAAGUCUAAACUUCUGAAGCUGACAAGUAGCACCAUAGACCCUGGUCUGAAUAUCAAACAGCUGGGCGGUUUGUAUAUUAAUUUCAAUGCAGACAAACUGCAGUCUCACAAGAAGACAGUAACACAGAUCAAGGAGAAAAAGAAAGAUGAGCUUCUGCAGAAAGCUAUCAUUACACCUGAUUUUGAAAAAAACUAUUGUGUCCCACCAUAUAGUGAAUCAAAGCAUCAACUUCAGAAAAAACGCAGGAAAGAGCGACAAAAAACAGCAGGUAAUGGUUGGUUUGGUAUGAAAGCUCCAGAAUUGACGGAUGAACUGAAGAAUGAUCUCAAAGCAUUGAAGAUGAGAGCAAGCAUGGACCCAAAAAGAUUCUAUAAGAAAAACGACCGAGACGGCUUCCCUAAGUACUUCCAGGUUGGAACCAUUGUUGACAAUCCAGCAGAUUUUUACCACUCACGAAUUCCCAAGAAACAAAGGAAAAAGACUCUUGUGGAAGAACUGCUGGCUGAUUCCGAGUUCAGGAGAUUUAACCGAAGGAAGUAUUCAGAGAUCAUGGCUGAAAAAGCAGCAAAUGCGGCAGGAAAAAGGUUCCGAAAAAAGAAGAAAUUUCGCAAUUAAGAUCCACAAAGCAAGCCACGGCAUUUUCUAUCUCCCUUAACUGGACAAACCUGUUUUGAAAACUUAAUACCAUCAUAUAAUUCAAUAUAGAUUGUUUAUAGAUUUCUGUAAAGCUGACUGCCAGAAUCCUGUGCCCCUUGGAAUAAAGAUAGGCGUGUGGAAGAUGCACUACAGCUUUAUACUGUUAAAGUGAAAAUGAACCGCAACUAUUUUAAUAUUUUUGUCCAGUUUUUACUACUUGGUUAAAAUUAGGACUAUAAAAAGGCAGUACAGAAUCUGCUAUGUUCAAAGAACCUUUUGGAAUGACCAGAAAUGUCCAAAUACUAUAAAAACUGGUAAUGUGGGGUGGGGAGAGAAGACAGGCUUCUAGUUACCUAAAAAUUCAGAUGCAGAAAGUUGUAGAGAUACAGGUGUUUGCUUCUUCCCAUGUACAAGCUAGUACAUUGAAAACAGAAAAAUGGCACAGAUGUUCUUGGAGCAAGUGGAUUCUAGCAUAAAACCAAAGAACUAAGUGAAGCUAUUAAAAGUCUGAUGCCAUAUAGAAGCUGCCCUUUGGGGUAAAGGUAGAUUUUCAAGAGGGCUGUUUCUCUUUGCUAGCAGCAAAACAGGAGGAACAGUUGGUUUUACCCAGAUUUGUUGCUAUUAGCAAAGCAGAAUUAACCAGUUUUCAUUUGGCCAGGAGGUAAGGCAACCCAGUUUCUCUCAAUGAUAGGCUAAACUGUUUCUGGCACCCAAGGAGUGUUAGUCAUUUCUAUCAGUGCUUUUUUUUUUUUUGGUCUUUCUGAGACGGGGUCUCCCUGUAGCCUGGAACUCGCUAUGCAGAGAUCCGUCUGCCUCUGUCUCCCAAGUGCUGGGAUUAAAGGUGUGCACCACCAUGCCCGGCAGUGGACUUAUUUCAGUAAAUAUAUAGUUUUGUCUUUACCUUUACUAUUUGAGGUCACAAGCCACCUAGGCAUAAAAUUGACAGUAAAGCACCUAUGCUUUUAUUUUAAAAAAAUUAUUUCAAAACUCCGUGGCUUUCUGUGUGAUAAUAGGAUUGCAUAUGGGAGGACUACACAAGGAGGGUAAAGACAUUUACACCUCUACGUGGAGACAUUUCUUCCACUUAAGGCUCAAGGGCAACUUACUGCCAUAUGAUUUUCUGUCCUGUGAAUACUAGAACAGGCUGAAUUGUCCUGUGCUUAAAACAAUGACAAAUGUUUGAGUAUCUGCCUUUAAUUACAUUCCCAUCAUUUUGUUUUUUUGUCUUUGUAUUAGUUUUUUUGUUGCUGUGAUAAAACACCAUGACCAAAAGUAACUUAAGUUUAUAUUUGGCUUAUCGUUCCAGAGGGGUAAGAGUGCAUCAUGGUGAAGAGGCAGGGUAGGAAGCUGAAGGCAUGAGAGCUUACAUCUUGAACCACAAACAUGAAGCAGAGUUCUGGAAGUGGGCAAGGCUGUGAACACUCAAAACCUGACACCAGUGAUACACUGUUCCAGCAAGGCUACACCUAGAGACUCCAUAACCUCCCCAAAUAGCACACCAGCUUUAAAUGGAGCUCAAAGGCCCAUGUGUUGAAAGCUUGGUUGCCAGCCUCUGGUGCUGUUGGGGGGUGGUAGAACCUUUGGAGGUGGAGCCUAGUAGUUAUGUCACUGGGGGCAAGCCCUCAUGAGAACUGGAGCCAUGGCCUCAUUCCUUUCCAGCCAUGUGCUGCCUUCCUGCCAGGGUCUCUGCCACAGGCCCAAACUGACAGGGCCAACUGACCAUAGGAUGACAACCUAUGAAAUAGCCCAAGUAAACCUUCCUCUAUCAGGAAAUUUGUUACAGCAACAGAAAUAAUUACCUCCAUCAAGUAAACUAAAAUUACUCAACUAGAAAUCUGAAGUUACCUAUCAAUAUUCAUUUUCAUAUUCUGAGUGUUUUGCAAGUUUAUCUUAAAUCUUCAGAAGCUAAGUGGUGGUGUAAGCCUGAAACCCCAGCACCGGUAGAGGCAGGAUCAGUAGUUGAAAGUCAGCUUCUGCUACAUAAUGAGUUUGGUUUACAUGAGAUAUCAUCUCAAAACAGAAAUCUCCUGUACCAUAAACAAUAGUAUUUAAAAGUGUAAUUGUAAAUAAAGAAGGUAGGAACUUUUUUUUUUUUUUUUUUUUUUUUUUAAGUAUAAAGGUAUCUGAGGCUGUGAUGGCACACACCUUUAAUUCCAGGUGGGGGAGGCAGGUCUCUGUGAGGUGGAAGCCAGCCUGGUUUACACAGUGAGCUCCAUCUUAAUGUAAAUACAAGAGCACAUUAAAGCUUUUGCAAUGUGAUGGUAGUUAAGAACUUUGGAGCAGGAAAAGCCUAGAGAUAUAAAUGGGGAAAUGAACAGGAAUCUCCAGGAUAGAAAUCUUUGUUUUCCAAGGCUUUCACAUUCCUAUAGCCUUUGCUUGCAUUCCUCACCUGAGUAUAUGCUGUGUACCUUUUGUUUGCAUUCCUCACAUAUGCGUAUAAAAGCCCCCAAAACUUGAACAAGGGGUCUGACUCCUUUAUGGAAGGAUCCGUGGGUCAGUCCUGUUAGUGUGAAAUUAAACUCCCUCUCUUCACCUGA